AUGAGGAGUCUAGGGCUCAAGCAUUUGGCGAGAGAACGCGCCAAAGAUGCUGGAGUGCCGUUGUUGCCGGGCACGGGAUUGCUUGGGGAUGUUAAUCAAGUACUUGAUGAGGCUGACGUGAUUGGGUAUCCGGUUAUUGUGAAGAGUAGCGCUGGUGGAGGGGGAUAUCUGGCGCUUUCGAUCUUCAAAGAUAAAAGAGUCUUUAUCGAGAAGUUCGUGGAAAACGUGAGACAUGUUGAAGUUCAGAUUGUUGGUGAUGGGGACGGUCUGUGCCCUGAAGGCGCUAACUUCGGGAUAUUCGUGCCGGAAAAGAUUCGUGGGAGUAUGCGCCGCGCAGCCAUCGAGCUUGCUUCUUCCGUCUCGUAUAGAGGUGUUGGCACCGUUGAAUUCUUAUAUGAUAUCGGAACCAAGGCUUUCUAUUUUAUGGAGGUGAAUACGCGGCUACAAGUAGAGCAUGCCGUCACCGAAACCAUUACUGGGCUAGAUCUCGUAGAGGCAAUAAUCAGGAUUGGCGCCGGCACUUCGUCUUGUCUGUUUACGGACUCUUCGGAACACUUCUCGAUUGAGGUGGUUGCUGUUGAAGCUCGAAUCUAUGGCGAGUCUCCGUUACAAGAUUUUGAACCCUCACCAGGGCAACUCUUAGAGGUGUCGUUUCCUGAGGAUGUACGAGUUGAUACGUGGAUCGAAGCUGGUACCAUUGUCUCCUCUCUAUAUAAUCCUUUGUUGGCAAAGGUCACCGUAUGCGGCAAGGACCGUCCAGAAGCCAUCAGGAAGCUAGCCGCUGCUCUCCAAAACACUGUUUUUUCUGACAUCGAAACGAACCUAGAUUAUCUCACGCAAAUAGUUUCGAGCAGCGAUUUCCAAAAUGGAACGUACACAACGACGACACUGGAUGCUUUCAAGUUCCAAGCCGAUGCAUUCGAAGUCUUAGAUCCAGGGCCCUCGACCACCAUCUAG